CGUGCCGCGAUACGAAAUCUCUUUGCCGCUUCAAUCAUCAUUUUUACUGAGAAUAUUAAGUGAAUAUUGUCGGUCUUGUAAAAAUUGAAGUGUUUAAAGACUCGUCGAUAAUUAGUUCAAUGAAGUUUACUCGUUUUCUUUUGAUUCGUGAGUUAAUUCCGAAAUUGUCAGUGCUUGUGUAGUCGACGAUCGGUGUUACCGAUUCCUUUUAGCGCGUAUGACGAUAAUAAACUUCGCGAAUAUGGCAAUACGUUACAAAUCGGUAGUAUUGUGCCGCGGUUUGUCGGAAAAGAAUGACUCGCAAGAAGCUUACGUAAAAACGUUAAAAACCGCAGGUUAUGUGUGCGAUUGUCUACCUACUCUGUGCUUCGAAUUCAUUAAUGGAUUCGAACUACAAGCAUGUCUUCUGUCACCUCUCUCGUAUCAUGGAAUGAUACUGACAAGUCGACGCGCCGCGGAAGCAAUCGGCCUUGUCUCCAAAGAUGACAACGUCCUACACCCUUGGAAAUCGUUACCAGUAUACUGUGUAGGGACAGCAACUGAGUCAUUUGCCAAAAGUCACUUAGGUUCAGAGAACUGCUUUGGUAGUCAGACUGGUAAUUCCAAAGAAUUAGCAGAAUUGUUAGUUGCAUCUAUUGCAAAAAAGUCGAAGCCCUUGUUGUACCCUUGUAGUGAAAUUGGAAGAGAAACAAUUGAAAAAACUCUUAAUGAAAAUGACAUAAGUGUCCAUAAAAUAAUUGCAUAUAGAACUUUGCCUAGUAAAACUUUGGAACAGGAUUUGUUAAAGUUUCUUGACAAUAGUCCCAAGAUAUUUGUUUUCUUUAGUCCUUCUACUGUAGAACACAUAAUAGCUUCAUUGAGAAAGAUAUCUUACAAUAUGUGUAACAUAAAAGCAGUUGCUAUUGGACCAGUGACUAGGCAAGCAUUAUUUGAUGCUGAGAUAGAAGUUUAUGCGACUGCAAGUAAACCUGACCCUGCAUCUUUAUUGGAAGCUAUUAGUAAUGCUGAGAAAAUUCAAGUCAAGGAAUGAUGCAUACUGCUUUGUUGCUAUUUUCUGUAAGUAUGUAAAUGUUAAUCUGUUCAAGUUGUAGUUAGACUGUUAAUAUAGCAACAAAGAGUAUUUAUUUUUGCUACUGCAGAAUUAAAAUGUGAUAAUUGAUUUUUAUCUUUGAGCUCUUAUGGAUUAAGAUAUUUCUUUGUCAAUAUUUAAGUUGUUUUAAGUUUAUUAGAUAUGAACUGUAAAUUAAUUAAUUUAUGGGUUUAUAAUUUGAAUAAAUUUUAUUUUUGUUACAACAAUAAA